GAUGUCGUUAAGACUCGCAUCCAGCUCGAGCCCACUGUUUACAACAAGGGUAUGGCCGCCUCUUUCCGUCAGGUCGUCAAGAGCGAGGGUGCUGGUGCUCUCUUGACCGGAUUCGGUCCUACUUUCGCUGGUUACUUCUUGCAGGGUGCCUUCAAGUUUGGAGGUUAUGAGUUCUGGAAGAAGACCUUCAUUGAUUACGUUGGACUUGAGAACGCUGUCAACAACCGCACUGCCAUCUACUUAGUUUCGUCUGGUAUUGCUGAGUUCUUUGCUGAUGUUGCCCUCUGCCCUCUUGAGGCCACCCGUAUUCGUCUCGUUUCCCAGCCUACCUUCGCCACCGGUCUUGUCUCCGGUUUCACUCGCAUCUUGAAGGAGGAGGGUGCCAUCCGUGGCUUCUACUCUGGAUUCGGCCCUAUCUUGCUUAAGCAGAUCCCAUACACCAUGGCCAAGUUCGUCGUCUUCGAGCGUGCCUCUGAGGCAAUCCUCGAUUCUGUUGGUCCCAAGGAGAAGCUUUCUGCUGGUACCUUGACCAGCAUUAACUUGGCCUCUGGUCUCAUUGCUGGUGCUGCUGCUGCCGUUGUCUCACAACCGGCUGAUACCCUUCUUUCCAAGAUUAACAAGACAUCUGGCACUGGCUCCGUCAUGUCCCGUCUCGCUGCCUUGGCCGCCGAGCUCGGCCCUCGUGGUCUCUUCUUGGGAUUGGGUCCUCGUAUUGUCAUGGUCGGUACUCUCACUGCCUUCCAGUUCGCCAUCUAUAAUGACAUCAAGAAGGCUCUCGGCGCCACUGGCGGUAUUGAGAUUCGCAAGGCUUAAAUGUCCUGAUUAUUCAUUCCUCUUCAUUUUCAUUCUCCCAUCAUUCAUCAUUAUUACCUUCACAAACACACUCUAUUAUAAAGAAUAAAUCGAAAUGCAUAGAGAUAUCAAAGAUUAGACGG